AUGGCACCCAGGGCCCUGUUUGACUACGACAAGGCCAAGGACGUGGGCUUCCUGAGCCAGGCGCUGAGCUUCCGCUUCGGGGACGUUCUGCACGUGCUCGACGCCUCCGACGAGGAGUGGUGGCAGGCCCGGCUGGUGCUGCCCCCCCAGCAGCCCCCCGACAUCGGCUUCGUGCCCAGCAAGCGCCGGGUGGAGCGCCGGGAGUGGACGCGGCUCAAGGCCAAAGAUCGGGGGCCGGGGGCUCAAGGCCGCGAGGACGCCGUGCUGAGCUACGAGACGGUGACGCAGAUGGAAGUUCACUACGCGCGGCCGAUCAUCAUCCUGGGCCCCACCAAGGAUCGCGUCAACGACGACCUCCUGUCCGAGUUCCCCGAGAAAUUCGGGUCCUGCGUGCCCCACACGACGCGGCCCAAGCGCGAGUACGAGGUCGACGGCCGCGAUUAUCACUUCGUGGCGUCGCGGGAGCGCAUGGAGAAGGACAUCCAGGGCCACAAGUUCAUCGAGGCGGGGCAGUACAACAGCCACCUGUACGGCACCAGCGUCCAAUCGGUGCGCGAGGUGGCUGAGCAGGGCAAGCACUGCAUCCUGGACGUGUCGGCCAACGCCGUGCGGCGGCUCCAGGCGGCGCAGCUGCACCCGAUCGCCAUCUUCAUCCGGCCCAAAUCGCUGCAGAACGUGCUGGAGAUCUCCAAGCGCGUGAGCGAGGAGCAGGCGCGGAAAGCGUUCGACAGAGCCACCAAACUGGAGCAGGAGUUCACCGAGUGCUUCUCAG